GCUAGCAGCAAGCACAACUCGAACUCACAGGGACCGAGAGGGAGAAUUAGCAGCUCGCUUCCAGCCAAGGCGCGAUGGCGUCCGCCACCAAGACCGCCCGGCCCGUCUCCUCCUGCCUCGACCACGUUCUCGUAAGGUAUGGCCGUGUAGGUAAAGAAAACGUUGGCAGCAACGAACAGCGCAACGUAAAUGGGGACACCGUCUCGUGUACUCUAGUGUUUAGUAUGAAUAAAACUGAAGUCGCUCAGGUGGCCGACAGUGCUGCGGCUAGGCAGCAUAAAUGUUGGUUUGAGUUUUGUGAAUGUACUACUACUUCUGUUCAGAAUAAAAUCGACAGACGACAGCGAUCACUAUGAAGCAUGCAUGUCCUGCCGUCAUCAGCUUGUAAAUUGCUCUCCUUAUCUAUUGUGAUAGCUGCCUUCUUCUCUUACAUUGCUAAGAGCACCACCAAACAGACUAGAUUGAAACGGCUACCAAAGAACCAGAACAGCAUCCGCAAUUCUGCAUAAAAGAAUUGAUGAUUCUUCCCAAAUACGUGCUAUCAUUUCAGCUAGCCCAAAAUCCAUUGCUUGACACGACAAAAUAAUUGGCCUGCAUUGCUGAACUGGUCACUUCCUUGCGAUCUUCGAUUUAACUAGGAUGUCUCUGGUAAGAACCACUCCUUUAUCAAGAUAGCAUAUGAAAUCUGAAUUGAAUGUUCGAACUGACGUAUUAUAUAAUGAAAUAACAUUAUGUUGUAAUGUGUAUGACUCUUUGAAAUGCCAAUGACAAAUAUAUGGAAGCAGUUUUACAUGCCAAUGACAUUGCUAUCUGAUGCUAAAUUUGAUUGAGUUCUGACCGUAUUGUUCCGUCUAACUUAAAACUUAAUGUUGCAAGAGUCUUCCUUUUUUGAAAUGAAAUUCUACAAGUCCACGACUGAAGUCACUCAAAAUCCAUAGAACAAAUACGAUAACCUUACCACCGAUUGGAACAAGGUAACCAUCUUUCCCCUUUUUUUUCUUUCCUUUAAUUUCUUGAAGCAGGGUAACCAUAUCCAUCCUUCAAACAGAGUCAACCAGGCACAGUCACACCACACAAUCUGGCAAACCAAACAAACUGGACCUGCAUGCACUGAUCGAUCCUCCUGGUUGGGGGAUCCGCACCAGGCCCAUGGCUUACAGUCAAACCCGUCGGCAGCUUGGGGCGGCGCAUGAGCCGCGUGCAUCCCAGAUAAGCGGCGGGUCUGCUACACCUGGUUGUUCACGCAGAAGAUAGAUGACGCAGGAAAUAGGGAGAUUCGAUCAAAGCCGAUACGAAGAUGAAGAGCCAGACUUGAUAAAUACUCCGUACGAUAUCUAUCCAACUACCUUAAGUCGGAGUCAUCUAGUACUACACAAACGGCGACACUGACAUGGACAACGCCGCCGCCGCCAACGGCGUCCCUACCGUGGCCGACGCCGCGACUUCCACCAACGGCGCCCCUGUCAUGGCCAACGCCACUACCGCCACCAAUGGCGUCCCUGCCAUGGCCAAUGGCACCGCCACCACCGCGGCCAGCCAUGGCACAAACAACGGCGGCAACGACGUGGCCGUGUCAGGUUCAGGCCGCGACCACGUCGUCAUCUUCCCCUUCAUGGCGAAGGGCCACAUGCUCCCGCUGCUUCACUUCGCCACGGCGCUCUCGGCGCACCACGCCGGCCUCCGCGUGACCCUGGUCACCACGCCGGGCAACGUGUCCUUCGCCCGGAGCCGCCUGCCGGCGUCGGUGGCGCUCGUCGCGCUCCCGUUCCCGUCGCUCCCGCCGCUGCCGCCGGGCGUCGAGUCCACCGACGCCCUCCCGAGCCCGUCGCUGCACCUGGCGUUCCUACACGCCACGGCGCUCCUCCGGGCGCCCUUCGCCGAGUACCUGGCGUCGCUCCCGUCCCCGCCGCUCGCCGUCGUCUCCGACUUCUUCCUCGGGUUCACGCGCCGCGCCGCGGCGGUCGCCGGCGCCCGCCGCGUCGUGUUCAACGGCAUGUCCUGCUUCGCCUCCGCGAUCUGCAAGGCGCUCGCCGCGACCCCGCCGGCCAGCUUCGAGCCCGGCGCCCGGCUCCGCGUGCCCGCCAUGCCGGAGCACGUGGUGGUCAGCGCGGAGGAGGUCCCGGAAGGGGUGACGAAGAGGGCCGAUCCCGACGACCCGUUCGCGCGGUUCUUCGCGCAGGAGAUCGGCGACUCGGACGUGCGCAGCUGGGGCGUCCUCGUCAACAGCUUCGCCGCGCUGGACGAGGACUACGUGCCGGGCUUGGAGUCGUUCUACGAGCCAGGAUCCCGCGCCUGGCUUGUGGGCCCGCUGUUCCUCGCCGCCGGCGACGACAUGCCGCCGGAGGGCGAGAAGGAGCAAGACCCCGAGGGCUGCCUCUCGUGGCUCGACGAGAGGGCAGCGCAGCCGGGGUCCGUGCUCUACGUUUCGUUCGGCACGCAGGCACACGUCACGGACGCACAGCUCGACGAGCUGGCGCACGGGCUGGCGCAGUCCGGCCACCCCUUCCUCUGGGCCGUCCGAUCCGACGCAUGGUCGCCGCCGGUGGACGUGGGGCCCAACGGCCGGAUCGUCCGCGGGUGGGUCCCGCAAAGAGGCGUUCUGGCUCACGAGGCGGUCGGUGGGUUUGUGAGCCACUGCGGGUGGAACUCCGUGAUGGAGAGCCUCGCCGCCGGGAAACCGCUGCUGGCGUGGCCGAUGAUCGCCGAGCAGCACCUCAACGCGAGGCACGUCGCGAACAUCUUGGGCGUCGGCGUCAGGAUAGCCGUGAAGGCUGGCGCGGACGUCGUCGGGCGGGCGCACGUGGAGGAGAAGGUGCGGGAGCUGAUGGACGCCAACAGCAAGGCGGCGAGGGGAAUGCGCGAGAGGGCUGCGUGGGCGCAGCAAGCGGCGAAGUCGGCGGUGAGCCUCGGUGGAACUUCAGCCAUGUCGUUGCGGAAUCUGGUGGAAGAGCUACAACGGACCUACGGUGAUGACGUCGUAGGCAAAGGUGAAAAUGGUAUUCAGAAGAUCAGAGAACACGGGGUGAGGGGGACAAAAUAAUCUUGGUCUCUAAACUUUCUCCAGGUUAAGGUUCAUGCAGGUGGGUUUUAGAUCGGGUCAAAAAACUUGAUCCAUACUCAACCCAUGUUUUAGAUCGGGUCGUAAAUAUUGGCCCGCUCGCCGAACACAUUAACCGGGUCAGGUUAGGUUAGAUUUUUUGAUGAGUCAGGUCAGGUUUGUCAGGUUGGGUGGCUCAUGAUCUGCUAUAAGCAAGGCUAGGUUCAUUCAUGAGUUUGGCAUGGUUAUUCAUAGGUGCUACUUCCUAGAAAUAAAAAGGUGGCUGGAAAGUCUUCUUUA